AUGUUUAGGCAUUUAGUAGAUUCAGAUAGUAGUAGAAAAUUGAUGUUCAGGCAUUCAGAUGGUUGCUUAGUAGUUUUCACGGAGAGUGAACAGAUUCGACUGAUAAGACAGAGGUUAUUGCCAUCACUGCAACAGGCCUUGGCUUUCCAGGAGACGACCACCUACGAUGAACUCCUGAAAAAGGGAAAAGUUUUUGAAAUGGUUCAAUGGCAGAUGGGACAUUAUACCAAACCACCGGUUAAACCCAGCCUCAUCGAUGAACCACAUCUAACAUAUCAUCAACGUCGUCAACAGGACUACCCGGCCAACCUCUCUGCAAUUUCGGAGAAUACUAGACAACGAAACCACAGUACUCGUCAGGAAGCUCCCACACCAUCUCCAUCUCCGAAGAAGGGCCCGUCAAGACCGCUAACCACAGCCAGAAGGAUAGGAGACUGGAAUUGCUCAGUAUCCCCUGGACCAGAUCGUCCCCAUCUGCCCUCGAGGCCACCGGAAUACUCGACCAACAGAACAGGAAAUGCCAACACCUCCCAGGAUCGGAAUGGAUCAGCACCGGAGCGAAGAGUGUCCUCCCAGACACAAUGCUUCAGAUGCGGGGGAUAUGGCCACCUACGUCGAGACUGCCGAGGGACACCGAAAAUGUUUUGCUCCCGAUGUCAACGAGAAAAUAUCCUCUCACGAGACUGCCCAUGUCCUCAAAACCGGAGAGGAACGACACCGUCAACUUCAGCAGGACUCCUAACUACAGUAAUUCCUAUUGUUAGCAACGACAGCUGGCCUUUGGUAGAAGUGCACAUUGAGGGAAAGUUAUUCCAUGCGUUGAUAGAUACUGGUGCGGCAAAGAGCUGCUGUAGUCAGAGGGUGGCCCAGCUGUGUGAAAGGAAUGGAAUCAAGGGAGAAAAAUCAACGACUGAAGCUGUCAUGGUAGCGAAUGGACAAACUACAGCCAUACCGAAGAUGUAUCACUUGUCAAUGGUGAUAGCCGAUUAUGCCCUGAAGAACAUAGAAUUCUUACUUGUACCCAACUUACCAGUCGACUUAAUCCUGGGAAUAGAGAUGCUGAAGACAUACAACUUCUCCCUGGAUAUCAAGAACACAGAAUGUUAUCUGGAAGGACGACGGAUCCCCAGAGCUAAACAGGUUAGCCAAGAGGUCAUAGAGGUGCAGACUCCCGAAAAACACCUCCAGAACCGAAGAGGAUCCCACAACAGACUUGCUGAGAGCUCGUUGAGAAAUCCAUUGCCGACACUCAACUGUGUCCAACUGAAAGAAACAGGUAUGCAAUGUAAGUGGUACAAAAAUAAGUUUCAGGAAGUAGAGAAAGGACCAGAGCACUGCCCCGAGUAUUCCAUCAUCAAUGGAAGAUUGCACCGACACUUUUGGGAUUCACCAGACGUCAGGGAAGCUGGAACAGGCCAUCCCUGGAAGUUGUGUAUACCCACCGAACAGAGGACCAAAGUACUGGAAGAAAACCACGACUCUGCCUUGGCUGGACAUCUGGGAAUAGCUAGGAUGAUUGCGAAGAUCUCGCGGAAUUAUUACUGGCCAGGUAUGUUUAGGGACAUUGCGAAAUAUGUCCGGAACUGCACUUCGUGCCAAAAGUUCAAAGUACCCCAACAGCAACUGGCAGGAAAGAUGCAACCUCGAAAGAUGGUGGAUGCGCCGUUCAAGGAAGUACCGGCGUUAAGGAGGAGAACAACGACGGAGAUGCGGAUGCCCGGAACCCCCCCAGAGCUCGGUGUCGUCAGUGCGAGGGAGAAACACCCUAGCAAGAGUGGAGAGGGUGGUGAAACGGACCACUACACAGUCUACACAAACACCCCCUUUGUGCCAGCUGCGUACCAAUCAAACCACACCGGCCCCCAGGAGUGUUCGUAUUGUAGGUACGAUGGGAAAUAAAGUGUACCUAGAGGUUAGGCCCAACACUUGCUGGAAGUGCGGCAAGACAUGUCCCUCGCGGCAGGAGUGUCGAGGUCCACCACUCCUAUUUUGCAGCAGAUGUGGUUUGAUAGGUACGCAGACCAGGUACUGCGAAUGCGUACCCAGGAAACUGGCCCCACGGCCGACAGCAACUAGAUUGGAACAACCAGCCCGGCGUCCAUGUGCAAGAUGCACAGAGAGGGAAGCCACGCAGCGGAGAGAAGAGAGAGCAAGAAAAUGAGAUAGAAUUAAAAAGAAGAUACCGUUGUUUUUGUUUCAUAAUCCUGUAAACUGUGUAAAACCAUAUAGGGCCUAACCCAAUAUCUUAUAACAUUAUAUUCAAGUCUAGUAGACUGAUUUUUAAUAUGUAAAUGUUGAUGAAACCGAAUAGUACAUAAUAAGUCAGUGAAUAUUAUGCAAUAAAAACAAUUCCAGUCACUUGCCCUGAAUUUCAAAGGCCAUCAGAUAUAAAUUAGUAGUUUCACUGUGUAAUCUAUUUGAAGAAUGCCAUUUCUAAUCUCUUACUGUUCUGAUAAAUAACUGAAAUAUUCCGCAGUGUUACAGAUGAAAUUUUCUAAGAGGCUAGAUACUCACCGAUGAGAAUAAAUGCUGGAGAUAGGCAACACACCUUUCAUCGGAUGAUCAGCUGUAAGCCCAAUUCCACCGAAGACAUGAUUCCUGAAGAUUUAUUCAUAUCAUCAUCCAAUAAAGAA